AUGGCACCGUUGAAUUGGAUGCACCACACGCUCAUACAGGCCUUGCUAUCCCGUGGUCCACUGGAGGAGAAAGAGUUUCAUGAUAUAUUCUCGGGCGUCAGCGGAAAAAAUCCAGGUUUCUCUUUCCUUGACUCUAGAUAGAUUUUUGUCUCAAGGAAUUUCGCAGAAUUUUAGGGCGUAAUAUAAUGUUUAAUCUUAUACCUAUAAGCUCUGGGACGGAAUGGUCACAUGCACAUCAAUGGUUGUGCAUUUGUGAAUUUCACUCCUUCUAGGUGCUAGGCAUGACUGAUUUCGCGAAGAGUUGCAGGGGGGCAUCCCUUUUGAAUGAGGCCUGACAGUACACCAUAUAAUGGACUUCAAACGGAACUAGUGCAGAGUACAAACAAUGAGAGAGUACGAGAGAUAUGGUUAUUUGUGCUCUCGUGUUGUUCGGAUGCGAUAGAAUCCAUGAGAGAGAGUGCGACGCAAGUUGUUUCAUGACACUAUGCUCGGUUUUCGAUCCGGAAACCUGUUAUUCUUUCACAGAGAAAGGAGAGAAUGACUCGCAAAAUAAUUAAGUGGACAAAACAGUUUUUUUUCAUAAUGGAUCAAAUGUAUGUUUUGAUGUUCUGGAUGAGAGCGUGAAUUGCGAUUUCAAUUUUUUAGUGGAUAAAUCUAAAAAGUGAAGGGAUCAUCUAGGUAUCGAUCUCUCCACCUUGUUUUAUUGAAUUGAGAAUGAGCAUGCUCCCAGAUUUAUGUGGGCGACAACCUUGUGUUCUUUACUUUUGUGGAGGCGAUGCAUACAAGUUUCUCGGCCUGUGUUCUUGUUUUCACUAUGCUUGGCAUCGGUCCUCUCUCUCUCUCUCUCUCUCUCUCUCUCUCUCUCUCUCUCUCUCUCUCUCUCUCUAAAAUAAUAUGAUAACUGGGUGAAACUGUUUGUCUUUGCCGUAUGACAGAUAUCCAUAAGAAGAUUUUUGAUGAUGUCCUCCUCAAGAUUAACAAGGAACUGGCGUAUGUGAAAUUUGAACUGCGUGGAUGUAGAAAUCAAUAUGAUGGCAAAGUCUACUAUGGUGUUGUCAAUACUGUUGCUGAUGAACAGUCUAAGCUUGGGACAAAAUACUCAAUUCCGCAGAUUGCAUUCUACAGGGCCAUUGUAAGAUGAUGUGCACAUUUUUCUCUUUAGAGGAUUUUCUAUUGACCUAACAUAGAAUGGGCUGAUAUGCAAGUUGUCUUCUACAUUGCGAUCAUUCUAUAAUCUCCUGAAAAAAUGGGUCCAUGAUUUGGUGUUUCUGGUUUAUUUUCAUGCCGAAGCAGAAUGUAUGAAACUUCAAGUUCUACCUCCAUUAAACUUUUUCAUAAAUUGGGGUGUUUUUUGUAACCUUUUUUUCAUUAUUCUAUGUGCAGAGUUUGUUCAGUGGUUUUGAAAACUAGUUUUAGUUCUAAGUGGGUUUUGACCAAUUAGACCCCAACUCUUCUCAAUCAAGUGGUAAACAUGACCAAAUAGGGGAAAAAUAAUUCCGGCUGUAUUAUGGAUUCCAUUAUAUUUCGGGGACAUCUUGAUCUCUAUUCGACCCAAAUAUCUGCAAGAUAAUGCUGCUUUGUAUCUGUGAUUUGUAUUGGUGUCAACGUUAGAACUUUGUCGGGAACAUUAUGUCUAUUCAUGAUAAUUAUUCAAAAUGGAGAGGAAUGAAUGAAUAUGGAAAUCUCUUUUAUUCAAUAACUUUUGAGUUAGUGGUUUGUGUACUGACAUUUUUUUAUCGAUUUUUACAGCUGGACGCUAUCAUCCAUGAUACGACUGCUCAUGGUUGCAUAUCUAACAUAGAUGCCCUCAAUAUCCGCCUUGAUAGUCAGGUUUGAAGGGAUAAUCCGUACUGUGCUAUCUACCUUGGUUGGCUUCAAAUUCCUCUUUCUCUCCGUGGUGUCCUUAGCUCCAAAUAUUUAGUUGCUCUUCCUCUCAAUGCUUUUUUAAAAUUCUGCUAAUUUUUUCUUCGAAAAGUCAAGUUAUUUCUCCCUUGGCUCAUCACUCUGUGAGAUCAAGUCACCUCACAAAAUUCCAGUUUUGAUGGAAAACUCUGGUUGUGCGAGGAUUACUAGGGAUCCGUUUCGGAUAAAAGAGAAUUGGAGAAGAUCCAAACCUUUUUUCUCUAUGUAAAAAAGUUGGCAUUCUCAUUCUAGAUGGAAUUACUGGGGAUCCUUCUUUCUCUAUGUAAAAUGGAGUAAAUUCUUAAGUGAAAAGAAUGAGCUAAUUUACUGUAUAGGACAUGCUGCUUCCUUUGUUGUCACAGUAAUGGUACAAAAAGAAUCGCACGAAAAUAUUUAAUAUGUUUAGUUUUGUUCCAUUUUGUGGCAUAUCUAGCAAUUAGCUACUUGAUGCGUCGGCAUCUACCAUGGAUGAUUUUAAGGAUGACGAGAAAAGUUUUUUAAGUUACUGCCUUUUUUGUCUACAUGGUAAUUUGUAAGAUCAAAGCUAUCCUGAAAAGGACCUGCUGUUUAAAGUAUGCUGAGUAAGAACAUCAAGGCGGAUCAUAAUGAUAAUGUGACGUUUUUCAUUUUAUCCAUCCUAUACAUGCUUAAGUUCUAAUUGCUUUCUAAAAAAUGCCCAAAUACUGCAUUUCAUUAAGGUCGUGGGGUAAUUUUUUGUUGAACGAGGACUCUUUUUAUUCGAGUUAUCUUUGGAUUGUUAAUAACGUCAACUGGUUUCUAAUGCAGACAGGCCAGGCGUCGCAAGAUGGGGCGGCCUGUGUACCCACUGCUUUCAAGAGCUUUUCUUUAGCUCAAAAGGAAAAAACUCUCAAUGAACUUAUACAGGAUCAGUGGCUAUCCUCUUCUUCAGAUGGAAAUAUCGGUCUUGGUGUCAGAUCAUUUCUUGAUCUCAGGGGUUGGUUCCGGAAUAAUGAUUUUCCUUCAUGUGAUGUCUGCAAUGAAGCAGGGAUAAAGGUAUAUUCCUUCUACUCUCGGUUUCUCUGUUAAUGGUACAAAAUUGACUGACGUAUCUUUCCCAUCAAAAUUCCCUUGAAAGAGCUGAAGUUAUUUACCCUUAAAUAUCUGGAAGAGAGAGAGAGAGAGAGAGAGAGAGAGAGAGAGAAUCAAGAUCCAUUAAGGUCGAUGACUCCUCUUUAUAUACAACCCUUUUAAUCUUAUGAUCGGUGCUUGGUGACAGGCAGACAUGUGUAGUGGUGAAGGUUGUAACGUCCGUAUCCACAGUUACUGUCUGAAGAAGAAAUUUUAUCGGAAGGUGCCAUUUCUUUUGUCACAAGAUUUUUUCUCCGCCCUAGGUUGGAUUGAUGCCAACACUCUCAAUUAUAUAUUAGGAAAUUGCUCGAUUAUUUUUUCAUCCGCAGGUUUCUAGUGUGUGCCCUGUUUGUGGGACUCCCUGGCACUUCUCCGACCUAGACUGGGAAAAUGAUGAAUGUAAUGACGAUGCUCCAAGUGAAGCACCUUCAGAUGGUCUUCGCGAAAGGAGAAAGCAUCAAGUCUGCAAAGCAGAAGCGGUGGAAGCUGCUCAGAAUCGACGACAAGAGACUGCUGAUCACACGGUUUUAAGAAGACUUAGAAGCCACAAAGUAGAAGCAGCUCCUGAUGCCCUCGAAUCCGAACCUAAUCCAGAGCCUAGGCAUCCUCCUGAAGCUCGGAUGGGCAGGAAAUCCAGACGGGUGUAA